AUGGCGCUGGUAUGCCGGGACAAGAAAUCUACUGCUGCCCAUUUAAAGGCAGACCUUAAUCGGACUGACAACAGCUCUGGUGUCCGACAACUUAAAGAACUGCUUGAUUGUGUUCUUGAUCCAGAAAAGCCAGCGGCAGACACAGAAGCCCUUGACUGGUGUAAAUGUCUAAUAGCAGGAGGAGAAGGUUUCGAGGAGUUCUGCAAAACGGUCCGGUCCUAUGACAACGCUACUCUAUGUGGCUUGGUUUGGACAGCCAAUUUUGUGGCAUACCGCUGUCGGACCUGUGGCAUUUCUCCUUGCAUGUCACUUUGUGCAGAGUGUUUUAACAACGGCGAUCACACAGGCCAUGAUUUCAACAUGUUCAGGAGCCAGGCUGGUGGGGCCUGUGACUGUGGAGACAGUAAUGUCAUGCGAGAAACUGGGUAAGUCUUUAGGAGCGUUAGCUGGCUAAUAGCUAGCUAACUAACUAGAUUGUAAGUGACAAUUUCUAAUUAAUUGACGAAGCUUAAUACUUGCCAUUAUUUGACAGCAACUGACAUUAUCAAACAUAAACAAGAAACUAUGGGGUAUGGCUAGCUAGCUAAAUUGGCUAACUAACUAGGCUGUCAAUGAUGAUUGGCUAGAUUGAUGGCUAACAGCUAGCUAGCAAAGUUAUACGUGGUAGUAACGUCACUGGAUGCUGCCUUACGCCGGAGUGUCAAUUUGUAAAACAUGCAACAAAGGUCCCUGCCUUUUUAUAAUUGUACUGACAUGUAUGUUGUCAAUGAACAUGCCAUUGUUGUGCUUGAUAAACCACUAAUCCUACAAGGUUUCUAGGAUAAUGACACCUUUUCCCUGCAGAAUAACUCAAUCACUUCCUGUGAAAUUUCAGCUCUUCUUUGAUCCUUACUCCCCACCAUUCCUCCGAGUUAUGUGUUUACUUUUCUGCUGUAAUUUUGUUUGAUGAAUGACAUGGCAUAACAUUUUGUUCAAGGCAGCCAGAUAUACUAGUAGCCUAUAUUAAAAUGCACAUCAUUUUGCACUUUCAAAGGAAGAUGAAAUAUACUGCUAGUGUCCAUUAGAUAGGUUGUCGAGUAAUUAUUCCCAAAUACUUUAAUUUAUUUUGGAUCCUUCUGAAAUAAAGAUAUAUGGAUGUGUGUUGUUCUCUAUCAGAUUUUGCAGACGGCAUCGGUUAAGAACCGGGGAGAAUGUCCCCUCAGUCCCCCGAGACUUACUACUGAUGUCAGAGAUGGUCCUGCCUCGCUUCAUCAUCUGUAUCAUACAGUACCUAAGGGAUGGAUACACUGAACCAGGUGAGAAAAACAGCAUAUCUCUAUGUCUACAGGAUACUCUAAAAGCGCCUUUCAUAGCUGCUUGCAAUGAAACAGCCCUCAGAGAUCAAAACAAAACAUUUGGAGGAAAUCUUGUUAUUUUACAACUUUAUCUUAUGUAGGUCAUUCUGCUUGUUUUCAUGAGAGCCUAUCUGACACACUUCAUAACUUUUUAUCUUAUCUUACUCUCACAGACACAUCAACUGAGAGGGACCUACAGAAGGUCUUACAGCAGCUGGAGCCCCAGAUCUCCUUCUUAGAAGAACUUACGAAGAUGGGCGGAGCAAUGAGAACUGUACUAACAAAGAUCCUAACGAAUCAGCAAAUAUUCAAGGACCUGAGUAUGGGUAAAUAUGUCUGUUUCCACUCUCUUAUUCAGCCUUUGGUUGAAUGUUAUUCUGACCAUUGGGGAGAAAACGAUCAAAAUGAUAGUUAAUCAAUAUUGCAGAACUCUAUACUGCAGUUAGGCUACUAAUGCUUUAAUACUCCAUGCAUGGCAUUGGUGUGAUGCUAAUUAAUGUUUUAAUAAAUAUGUAAUGUGUAAAUAUGCCCUGUAGGUCAAGAGGAAAACGUAUAUGCAAAAAAGAACUACGAGAAGUACCUGUCAGCACUGAAGAACUCAGGCCUGGUUUCUGUGGAGGAGAAGGCCCAGUCUGGGGCUGCUGAGCCCACUCCUGGGGUUGAGGCAGGAGCAGGGGCUGGCACAGGGGCUCUGGGCUUACUGGGUAAGACCUCAUCCCCUCUUUAGGAGUUGGAGCUCAAAAUAAGUCAAAAAUAGCAUGCCAUUUUUUAUUAUGGAAACUUAAUGGAAGUCAUGUUUCUCAAUGACUCAUUAAACAAUGGAAUAAUCAGCUAAUAGCUGCUAUCUGUCUCUGCUCUGUUUUCCUUAGGAGCUGAAGCACCAGCUAGCCCUGAUGAGUCCAAUAAAGAGGUAUGUGAAUACUGUAUCAGAAUAGUUUCUCAGUAUUGAAAUAUAGGUAGUUGUUAUAUUAUUUCCCAUUAUGUCUUUUUUAAAGGAGGAUCAAGAUGGGGGGCAAUCUGUUGGACAGAGAAAGAGGGUAAAACUUAGUAGCACUGCCAAAGGUAAUUCACAUAACAUGCAUAACAUUCUAUGUAAUGAUGAAUAAUGCACAGAUAUUUUAUGUGAAAGUCAGCAUUACCAUGAGACCAGUCAAUUAUGUUAUUCUGUUCUUAGAUCCAUCCAUUAUGGACUCUCUGAAACACAAAUGUUUUCUGGAGGAGUUGCUGUUUUGGACAAUAAAGUAUGAGUUUCCUCAGAAGAUGGUUACUUUUCUACUGAACAUGCUGCCAGAUCAAGACUACAAGGUAUGUUUAAUUAGAUUAAGUGUAGUGCAUAGAUAUUCUAAUUCCUAAUUUUAUGGUGUAUUGGCACUGCUGCAUUCUUGCCUAGAGAAGCUGUUAUGACAGCAAAUGCAUAACAUCACCCGCUUGAUUUAUCAUCCUUCUGUAGAUCACCUUCACGAAAACAUUUGUUCAACAUUAUGCAUUCAUUAUGAAGACACUGAUGAAAAGCCAGGAGUCAGAUACCAUGUCCAACCGCAUUGUACAUAUCAGUGUACAGCUGUUCAGCAAUGAGGAGCUAGCACGUCACGUCACCGAGGAGUGUCAACUACUAGACAUCAUGGUUACUGUCCUCCUCUACAUGAUGGAGAGUUGCCUUAUCAAAAGUGAACUUCAAGGUGAGCUAUGUUUUGAAUGACCAGACUGAUGAGUGGAUUGUUUCAUUAAUUAAUCUAGUGGGCUUCUCACACUACUAAGCCUCGUGUUCUCUCCCUCUUCUCCAUAUUUUCAGAUGAAGAGAACAGCCGCCAUGUUGUGGUAAACUGCAGCGAAGCUCUGCUGAAGAACAACACUUACUGGCCGUUAGUUAGCGAUUUUAUUAAUAUUCUCUCACACCAAAGUGUAGCAAAAAAAUUCCUGGAGGAUCACUCACUGCUCAUGCUGUGGAUGAGCUUUGUGUCCUUCUUUCAAGGUAAUUAUUUGUGGAUUUAAGAAUAUGAAUAGCAGUGGUGAUGUUUCAGUAUUUGCCUCAAUCAUUGUCCCAGGUAGUGUAGCUGGUGUGAUUGAAGUGUAUUCUUUAUCUAUGCGAGUCAUAUACUAUCAUCUGUCUCUGUUAAUAUCUGCUUAGUCAUAUGACGCAAUGUUAGCCCUCUGGGAUUCCCUUCCAUUGGUUAGUCACUGCUUAUUUAGUUGGUCACUAUUUGCUGUAGCUGUUCAAGAUGUCCAGUAAAGCAGAUGUUAUGUCACAUCCAACUUAACUUUUACUGUUAAUUCUAUUUGCGCCUGACAAAAAGAGAAUAAUGGUGCAUGUGACUCCUUGUCUCUAUUAGAAUUGUAGUCUGUGCAGCACUCCUGCCAUGUGUCCACCAAAACCCUAAAAAUAACCCCUAGCCGCAGAUACUGUGGGCUGGAGUAUCCACUUACUGAGGCAAGGUGCAGAGAGCAGAGUGCCACUUUGUUAUUGUGUGCGUGUAGACUGCUCUGCCCUUACGUACAUUCUUACAGAUUUAUCUGGAUGUCAACGUAGAUGUGUCCCUUAAGCUGCUUUAGUGAAUGAAACCACUGUAAUAAGGCUUCGUGUUAUGUGAUGACUAACCGUGAAAGCGUUUGUCUGGUCCCAUAGGUAUGAACUUGAAUAAGCGGGAGUUGAGUGAGCACGUGGAGUUUGAGUCCCAGACGUACUAUGCAGCAUUUGCAGCAGAGUUGGAGGCCUGCGCACAACCAAUGUGGGGUCUCCUCACACACUGCAAAGUCAAAGUGAGUCCAAUAUCCCUCUUACAUUUUUAUUUUUUAUCAGGGUGCGGAUCACGUUAUAGCUAUUUGACAUUCCGGUAUUAUGCACAGAAACUGUUAGGAAAAUGAUUACACUAUGAAUAAUUGUUUUUUUAUUUUCAGGAGACACAGGAAUAUACCAGAACAGUGGUGCGUUACUGCUUGGAGACCCUGCAGAUCUGGCUUGAUGCCAUUGGCUUUGUGGAUGAGGUAACUCAGCAAAUAUGCACAACCGUUAGGAUGCAUUUGUAAACCAACAUUUUCCUUUAGUGUUUAUAUCUGCUUUCUGUUUCUCUGCAGCCUGCUCCAAAUCAAGUGACGUUUCACCUGCCGCUGCACCGCUUCUAUGCCAUGUUCCUAAGCAAGGUGUGGCAGAUCUACAACCCUUUAAGUUCUGUUCCUGGUGCUUUUAAACCCUCUUUGUAGUGAGUUGACUGUGUCUAUUGUCUCACAGGCAGUGAAGUGCCAGGGGCUUCAUCUGGACAGUCUCCUCCCAGACCAAGAGAUGCUCAUGAAGAUCAUGGUCCAUCCACUCCAGAUUCAGGUAUUGCACCAGUAUAGGCCAUUACACGUCUUUGCAAUGCCUUGACAAUGGCUCAAAUAUCAGAACAGGUUGUGUGGGUGAAUAAGGUCUGAAAGGGAAAGGCUGACUCGUACCCGAACAGUUGUUAGUGUCUUAUAAAUAUGAGAAGGAGGAGUCGACUGGCUUUUUAAAGGGUUGCCGUGUGACCGUGUUCUGGAGAUUACCUUAAUGUUUGUUCCAUGUACUGUAUACAUCAGGGAUGGGCAACUUUGAUGGGUGUGGGGGGCCACAAUCUGAACUCGUCAUGAGGGGCCGCAGUGGCUCGCAGGUCUACGUACCCACAUCCAUACCCACACAUGUAGUCAGAGCCGGCCCUAGCCUUUUGGGGGCCCUAAGUGAAAUUCUGUUAGGAUACCCUCCACCUUGCGGGCAAAACAUUUUAGCGUCCCCCCCUCUUGACAACGGAGAGAAUAAAAAAAAAUACAAAAUAACUUUUGCCAUGGUGUGAAGAAAGAAAACAUGUUGCAUUUUUAAAGUAAGUUUGCUGCAAUUCUACACAUUUUGCCAUGGGGCGGAUCUAAACAUUUGCUGGGCUGUCCACACCAUCCUCUGUAACGCAAUGCGAUCGAGGGCGGUGCAGUUGCCAUACAAGCAGUGAUGUAGCCAGUCGAGAUGCUCUCUAUAGUGCUUCUGUAUAACAUUUUGAGGAUUUGAGGGCCCUUUCAAAAUAAUUUCAACCUUCUCCUUCACGACUGUUUGCAUGUGUGUGGACCAUUUUAAGUCCUUAGUGAUUUUGGACACUGAGGAACUUGAAGCUCUUCGACCCGCUCUACUGGGGAGAGUUUGAGGGAAAGGUUGUUGUCCUGGCACCAGACUGCAAGGUCACUGACCUCCUCCCUGUAGGCUGUCUCAUUGUCGCUGGUGAUCAGGCCUACCACUGUCGUCAGCUAACUUGAUGAUGGUGUUGGAGUCAUGCGUGGUCAUGCAGUCGUGGGUGAACAGGGACUACAGAAUGGGACUAAGCACACCCCUGUGGGGCCCCAGUGUUGAGAGUCAGCAUGGCGGAGGUAGUGUUGCCUACCCUCACCACCUGGGCUCGGCCAAUCAGGAAGUCCAGGAUCCAGUUGCAGAGGGAGGUGUUCAGUCCCGAGGGGACUAUGUUGUUGAACGCUGAGCUGUAGUCACAUUCUCAAAAGGCCGCCAGUUGCCCAUCCCUGGUAGACAGUAUGUACUUAGCAUUUUAUGUCCCUCGUGUUUUCUUGUAGGCGAGCCUGUCAGAGAUCCACAGUAACAUGUGGGUCAGAAAUGGUCUCCAGAUCAAAGGACAGGCUAUGACAUACGUGCAGUCUCACUUCUGCAACUCCAUGAUCGAUCCAGACAUCUUUCUGCUCCAGGUAAAGACUACUUACAUACUCCUGGUGAUCACAACAUUAUGGACUGUUAUGAAUGCCAUAUACUCCAUUGUAUAAUUGUUCUUCCCAAUCUGUCUACAGGUGUGUGCGUCAAGGCUUGAUCCCGACUACUUCAUCUCUUCAGUGUUCGAGAGGUAUAGUCUGACCUGUUGGAAAAGUCCUUGCAAUUAGUCAUUUUCCGCGGAACUUCAUUGACCUUGUUUAUCAUCACCCCAUUGAAAACUCCAGUGUUGAAAGUGAAGAUGUAGCGUACAGCAGUAACUAGGGCUGCGGCGGUCAUGACAUUUUGUCAGCCGGUUAUUGUCAUGCAAAUUACUGCCAGUCUCACUGUAAUUUACCGUUAAUUAACAUAAACAUGUUUAGCAUCUCCAUGCCGCUGAUGCAUACCUUUGGAACGUCUAAUACAUCCAUUUAAUAUACACCAUCACAAUCAAUCCAAUAUUUAUUUUGGGGAGGUCUAAAGAAACAUUAUGAUAUUACUAAUAUGAGAUAUUUGUUUCGAUUUAGAAUGGCCCAUUUAUCAAAUGGCAAAUGGAGGCCGCUUUCCCGCAGUUUAAAUCAUGCCGGGUAGGCCUAAAUAUAGUAGCAGCUGGGAUCCUAUUUUUAGUGGCAACCAUCAAAACUCUUUCACAAGAUUGCAUAUAGAAAUGUCUGGGCUUAUAAGAACACUUAUUUCAGUUCAUGCAUCAACCACUGUCUGAGGAGCAUGCAGCCUCUCGCUGCAUUCCGCCUAAACUCUGUAUGCCAUGGCCUCUCCAACCAUGUUCCUGCAGCUACCCAGUGUUUAGACCAAUUCAGGAAUAAAGACAUCUUAGGCUAUGUAUUGUAUAAAUGCACAAUCAUUAUUUUAAUUCAGGGUUUUUUUCGGGAUUGGGCUCAUAUAAACAGUGCUAUGAAAAAGUAUUUGCCCCCUUUCUUAUUUUCUCUACUUUUGCAUAUUUGUGAUACUGAAUGUUAUCAGAUCUUCAACCAAAACCUAAUAUUAGAUAAAGGGAACAUAAGUGAACAAAUAACACAACAAUUACAUAUUUCAUUUAUUUUAUAAACAAAGUUAUGCAACACCCAAUUCCCCUGUGUAAAAAAGUAAUUGCCCCCUUACACUCAAUAACUGAUUGUGCCACCUUUAGCUGCAAUGACUAACCAAAUGCUUCCUGUAGUUGUUGAUCAGUCUCUCACGUCGCUGUGGAGGAAUUUUGGCCCACUCUUCCAUGCAGAACUGCUUUAACUCAGUGACGUGUGGGUUUUCAAGCAUGAACUGCUCGUUUCAAGUCCUGCCACAACAUCUCAAUUGGGAUUAGGUCUGGACUUUGACAAGGCCAUUCCAAAACUUCCAAUUUGUUGCUUUUUAGCAAUUUUCAUGUAGACUUGAUUGUGUGUUUUGGAUUAUUGUCUUGCUGCAUGACCCAGCUGCGCUUCAGCUUCAGCUCACAGACGGAUGGCCUGACAUUCUCCUGUAGAAUUCUCUGAUACAGAGCAGAAUUCAUGGUUCCUUCUAUUAAGGCAAGUCGUCCAGGUCCUGAGGCAGCAAAGCAUCCCCAAACCAUCACACCACCACCACCAUGCUUGACCUUUGGUAUGAUGUUCUUACUGUGGAAUACAGAGUUUGGUUUUCGCCAGGCAUUACUGGAACCAUGUCGUCCAGAAAGUUCUACUUUUGAAUCAUCUGUCCAUAGAACGUUCUUCCAAGAGUCUUGAUGAUCAUCCAGGUGCUUUUUGGCAAACUUGAGUCAACUUUUUGGACGAGAUGGGUCCCAUUAUGCCUGGCGAAAACCAAACACUGCAUUCCACAGUAAGAACAUCAUACCAAAGGUCAAGCAUGGUGGUGGUGGUGUGAUGGUUUGGGGAUGCUUUGCUGCCUCAGGACCUGGACGACUUGCCUUAAUAGAAGGAACCAUGAAUUCUGCUCUGUAUCAGAGAAUUCUACAGGAGAAUGUCAGGCCAUCCGUCUGUGAGCUGAAGCUGAAGCGCAGCUGGGUCAUGCAGCAAGACAAUAAUCCAAAACACACAAUCAAGUCUACAUGAAAAUUGCUAAAAAGCAACAAAUUGGAAGUUUUGGAAUGGCCUUGUCAAAGUCCAGAACCUAAUCCCAAUUGAGAUGUUGUGGCAGGACUUGAAACGAGCAGUUCAUGCUUGAAAACCCACACGUCACUGAGUUAAAGCAGUUCUGCAUGGAAGAGUGGGCCAAAAUUCCUCCACAGCGACGUGAGAGACUGAUCAACAACUACAGGAAGCAUUUGGUUAGUCAUUGCAGCUAAAGGUGGCACAAUCAGUUAUUGAGUGUAAGGGGGCAAUUACUUUUUACACAGGGGAAUUGGGUGUUUGCAUAACUUUGUUUAUAAAAUAAAUGAAAUAUGUAAUUGUUGUGUUAUUUGUUCACUUAUGUUCCCUUUAUCUAAUAUUAGGUUUUGGUUGAAGAUCUGAUAACAUUCAGUAUCACAAAUAUGCAAAAGUAGAGAAAAUUAGAAAGGGUUGCAAAUACUUUUUCAUAGCACUGUAUAUGCAUAAGCUCUAAUAUGCGUAUGGGUGUUCUACAUGCAAUGUCUUAAAUGCUGUCAGUUAAUCAUCACCUUAGAAAGCACUGACCAUUUCGUUUUUUUGUCUUUUAAACAACAUCAUUUUCUUUGUUUGGCUUUGAAACAACACCCCUGUUUCAACCUGUUGUUCAAAUUAAUUUAGCCUAAUGGUGACAUUUAAAAGCAUGAUACUGUUUUGAUGGUAAGUGUUUGAUGUGAUUUUCGAUUGCAUCGGCAUUGAUGUUAGAGGGACAAUAGAGCACUGAAUACCAGGUUGUUAGCGAGUUGGCUACUACCAACGCAUGUCCAGAGUGCAUACGAGGAGAUGACCGUGUCACGUGGAAUUUGACUGCAGUCAUGACUGCUGAUGUGGUAGUAAUAUGGCCACUGCAACAGCCUUAGCAGUAACAUGUAUUUCAAAUACAGAUUCAAAGUGGUGGACCUCUUGACCAUGGCCUCUGUGCACCAGAAUGCAAUACUGGAUGGUGAGCACGAGAGGCCAAUGCUGGAGGGAGCCUUGACGUUUCUCGUCAUCUUGUCCAGUCUUCGCAUCCACUUGGGUAGGUGCAGAUGCAUUCAGGGGAGAAGGAAAUUGUACAUGAACAACAAUUGGAAUGUUUGUACCAUCCUGACUAUAUUGGCGUUAUCCAUAGAUGAUACAUUAAUGAAUAUUUCUUCCUCAUUGUUAGGCAUGGCCGAUGAUGAGAUUCUUAGAGCCGAGAUGGUCUCCCAACUGUGCAUGAACGACCGCACCCACAGUUCACUGUUGGACCUCGUAUCCUCACUGCUUUAUCAGCCUCACAAUUCACAGUAUAAUUAAUUUAAUAUCCUAACCCAUGGGCAGUAUUUUCUCUGAUUCUCAUUUAUGAGUUGGUAGCUGGAUAUUUGGUCUCCAGAUUUUCUAGUGUCUGGUUGUCAGUGGUAACUUUUUCUGAAGACCUUGUUUGUUCCCUUGCUAGAAUAUGUAAUUACUCCUCAAAGGAAAUGUGUUGUCCCUGUUCUACAAAUUGGAACAUGCACCAAAAACACCUUGUUUUCAGCAGACCUUCCCACUGUUGUUACAUAUGACUCUGAUUGUGACUGGUUUAAUCAAUGUAAAAUUGCAACUUUUAACACACAGCCAACAGUCUUGGCAUUUUCAUUUUUGGGAUCACUUUUAUUAUGUUGCACAUUUGCCUAGGUGCAUACUUUCCUUAAGUGAAUAUUCAGAUUCCUGAGAAUCCCAACCCCAAGAGUGGGAUCGUGCCGGGAAGCUGCAGCUUUGAGGAGAUGCUGUCUGCCGUGGCUGACUUCAAAGCCCCGGUGUUUGAACCUGGGGGUUCCAUGCAGCAGGGCAUGUACACGCCUAAGGGUAAGUUGUCCAUUUUAUCUCCUGGCCUGUGGCGUAUUCACUAGGUACAGAAAUGAAGUAAAUGUAACCAAGAAACUUGUUUUCUCAUAUUUUCUGUUGUUGUGAAACAUGUUUUACUACGGUGCAAAUGUUUUGCUACGGUGUGUGACCUAAUGCUGUCAAAAAGCUUUGUUGGAUUAUCACCAAGCAUAUUGUUUUCCAUUCAACAUAAUCACAGGUGCUUUUUCACCAGACUGCCUUGAGAGGUCACUCAUGCACCACAGUUGACUAUAGUUCUACCCAAAACAGAAACCUAGGGACUUGCACAGUUCACAAGACUGAAUCAAGACUAGGUCCCUCUGGAAGACUUCAUUAUUGCUCUGCACACGUUUGAAAUUGUGAUGCCCUUCAGGCAGUUACAUCAAUACCCUUUGUCUCCCCUGUUACCAAAUAUAGGGUAUUGCCUCAGCUGCAGAGACCAGUGUAUUUUGAAGUCAAUGGCUCUUAUAAAGCAUUGUGCCUUUUUAUAUCAGAUCAGGAUUUGGCUCAUUAGGUGUCCUAUCUUAAUGUCAGCCCUGUGACUUUGUUGUAGAUUGAGCCAUUUUGGCUCAAUGUCCAGUUUUUAAAUGUAUAUUUGUAAUGGAGACCUCACCUCAUACAAAAUCUGUAUUAUGUUUUGUUUUAUGAGGCCAUUCUCUGCUGAUAUGAUUAUUUUGUUGGUUGUUGUCUGGGAUGAGGGGUGCAUAGACAUUGAAAAGGUGUUAGCCUGCCCCCAAGUGUCAUUGGAGGCAUCAUAUUGUCAUUGCAACUCCACAUUCACGGUCAUUGCACAUUCCACUUGGGGGCAGGCUAACACCACUUUCUGAUAGCUCAGUAGAAAAAAAAAUAUGAAUUGUAUGUCAAUGUGACUUUUUAGCAGGUGUCCCUAAAGGAUUUCUUUGUUUUCCAGAGGAGGUGUGGGAGAAGGAGUUUGACCCCAUCAUGGUUGUUCUCAGAACAGUCUACCGUCGUGAUGUCCAGUCAGCAAUGGACAGAUACUCAGCAUUGUAAGUUAACGGUCACUAAGCUCAUCGUCUCCAGCUCGAAGUGAUUUUUUUUAAAGCAUGUGAAUAGUUAAGGUUUUGAAUGAUUAUUUAUGAAUACAUAUCUAUUAUAACAGUACAUUUAGUGUAUUUUAUAUAGUUCUAGUUCGUUCAGUUCUACAGUUAGGAUGGUCAUGUUUGAACAGCCAUGCCAAACUGAGUGGGUGGAUAUCAGGCCCUGCUGAAUGUUACAGGGUCACUUUUCCCACAUUCCCUUGAAGGGAGGGAAGAGAGGGUUUAGGCCUACAUAAUGAAGAGAGUGGUUGGGCCUACAUAAUGAAGAGAGUGGUUAGGCUACAUAAUGAAGAGAGUGGUUAGGCCUACAUAAUGAAGAGAGUGGUUAGGCCUACAUAAUGAAGAGAGUGGUUAGGCCUACAUAAUGAAGAGAGUGGUUAGGCCUACAUAAUGAAGAGAGUGGUUAGGCCUACAUAAUGAAGAGAGUGGUUAGGCCUACAUAAUGAAGAGAGUGGUUAGGCCUACAUAAUGAAGAGAGUGGUUAGGCCUACAUAAUGAAGAGAGUGGUUAGGCCUACAUAAUGAAGAGAGUGGUUAGGCCUACAUAAUGAAGAGAGUGGUUAGGCCUACAUAAUGAAGAGAGUGGUUAGGCCUACAUAAUGAAGAGAGUGGUUAGGCCUACAUAAUGAAGAGAGUGGUUAGGCCUACAUAAUGAAGAGAGUGGUUAGGCCUACAUAAUGAAGAGAGUGGUUAGGCUACAUAGGGAAGAGAGGGGGUAGGCCUACAUAAUGAAGAGCGGGGUUAGGCCAACAUAGUGAUAGGGUUGGUUCCAAUUAGUUCACUGUCGAGUAAAAUCUAUAUUUCAAGGCAAACUGUAAUAGAAUUGAGGAAAUCCAUCCUUCCUGUUUAGAUUUAGGUUGGACGUCUCCGAAGACAAAUGUGAUGGUUGGGGUGAAGGAGAUAGUGUUAGGUUAAUUUCCUGAAGAUCUCUUUAAGAUAUGAAGUAACUAAAUGUACAGUGUUCUACUGGCAGCAUUUCUUAAUUUGAAAUAGCAGUUUAAGGGCAAGGAAAGCCUACAUGGGUAAUGGCUUGAUGUGCUUUUCUUUCUCUAUGAUUUCUUCAAUACCAAAUGUAGGCUAUAUUGAACAAGGCAAUUUAGAAAUCCAAGCAAUUCUAUCCUUGUUGAACAAGAAAUACGAAUGAUUUGAUUUCUGUUUGGUAUUUUUCGAUUAUCACUUCAUCACAAGUCGAAAGAAACCAUUCUAGUACUGAGCGGAGUAAACCUGAUGUCAUGGCGACACGGUAGCAUAUUUCCCCCUGGAAGCAUAUUGAAGCUGCUAUUUCCCCACCUCAGUCUGUGACAUCAGGCUUAUGUUACUUGUUCACACAGUUUGAAUAUGAUAGAUUGCCUGUCAUCCAGGCCACGUUUUUAUAUAACCACAAUCCUGUCCGCGCUAAUAGUGUGACACUAUUCAGCCGAUUAGCUGUUCCAUUGCAUAGACUGAAAGGUUUUGUGCGGUAAAUUACUCAAGAUUAUUUGUCACAUUAUUACCUAUGCAUUUGUGAUGUUGAAUGGAUCGCUAUUGAAUAUUUAAAAUUGACUGUAUUACUGCAUGGAAUUGAACUGAUUUGUUGUUGUACCCAGCUUGAAACAGUCUGGGAUGCACACGACAGGGAAUCCAUGGCCACCGUACAAAGAGCGGACUCCUCUGCACCCAUGUUACAAAGGCCUGGACAGACUGUUGCACUGCAAGACUCUGCACAUUGUCAUCUUCACUCUGCUUUACAAGGUGACCCUUCCAACAGCUCUCUUCAUUCAUAUUAUUCAUUGCUUAAUUUGUCAUGCAAAGAAAUUUCAUUGUUUGAUAUAACGAUGGUGAGAUUGCCCUGUAAUUGAACUCUAAUUAAAUGUUUUGUUUUAGAUCUGGCUGGAUCACUCCAACAUGUCUGAGCAUAUUCUGUGCAUGGUGCUCUACCUGAUUGAGCUGGGCUUGGACAACCAGGUUCAAGAGGACAAGGAGGAUGAGGUAAGAUGUACACUGGCUUGAUCAUUAUCUGACCUUCAGCCACUGAAAGACAACAGGAAAAAAAAGACAUUGUUGCCAACAUGUUGAGAGCUUGGCACUAUCUGCAUUUUUGUCAAAGUUGAGUUGACAGCCUUGUUCUGUUCAAUGUUCUCCUCUGUAUAGUACUCUAAAUACCCCAAUUCAGGUUGUUAAGUUCAAAAGAAUACAAGAUACGAAUUGUUGACACCAUUUAAACCAAUGAGGGUUGGAACUUUAAAGCCAAUUAUCUCAAUCGUCUUUUUGCAGAUAGAACCUUAUAGUCCCAAGCUCUCAGUAUUAAGGGACCGUCAAGGUGCUCUUCCCCUCCUCUUGUUUAUUCCUAUGUGUUCUUUACAUUAACCUGUCUCAUGUACUGUGACUAGGAGCCUUGCAUUGAGGAGCACUGCCAUGACAGCUGGUUCCCAGGCACCAACCUCCUCUCCAACCUGCACCAUGUCAUCAACUACGUGAGGGUGAGGGUGCCUGAGACUGCCCCCGAGGUGAAGAGGGAGAGAGAUCCCCCUCCCAGCACCAGCGCUGAGGCAUCCAACUUCGGCCAGGUCAGAAAAACCCCUGCCUGCGCACCGGGUGGUACUGCUACUACUUAUGUAUUCAUACUACAGGUCAUGUUCAGAGUCUGGGCUCAGAAUUGCUUGCCUCAGGUAUCAUGUUAAUUCAAUGCGUUUGGUAUAUUGGUUAUUUUUGUGUUAUGGAGCCUGUCAUAUCCUCCUUUUGAUGCGGAGAGGUCGCUCUUUGGCGGGUUAUGUGUUAGAAGCAUUUUACGUAUGUUGGUUUGCCGUACUUUUGCUCCACAGAAUUCCAGGCGUCUGACAGGGAAUUGGAGAGAGGUAGCUGUUUGCAUUUGAGUGUUUGUUUGGUCAUAUUAAGAAGAGGAAGACCUGGUUGAUUUCCUCAGGGCCUUGCAGUGUGUUCUGUUCUCACCGUUGUGUGAAACCUCAUGACAAUGUUAUGCUCUCCUCUGUUAUAUUUGUGUGUCUUAUGAUUUGGAGCCAUAUUGAGGUUGCAGUCUGCCUUGGUUUGUUUAGUGUGCUCUGAUGGGGUUUCCCUCUUGACUGCUGAAACAACACUGAACAAAAAUAUAAACGCAACAUGUAAAGUGCUGGUCCCAUGUUUCAUGAGCUGAAAUAAAAGAUCCCAUAAAUGUGAAAUCCAUAGAUUGGGGCCUAAUGAAUUUAUUUCAAUUGACUGAUUUCCUUAUAUGAACUGUAACUCAGCAAAAUCUUUGAAAAUGUUGCGUUUAUAUUUUUGUUCAGUAUAAUUAAGUGUAUAAUGUGAGUCUGGGUAAAUGCUCUUUAACUGCAUGUCACUUUGAUUGAUGGCGCUCUGACUGGGCUGUAUGAUGUAUGUUUAUUUAACAGUGCUCCGGUCCUUUGUCUGGGUAGGUCAUCGCAAUCGUUUAAACAUUUUUCACGUUUAAAGCAGGGGGGGUUGAAUUUUCUCUCAGAAUAUGAACUAGCACUCUGAGCUUGUCUUGAAGUCAGCUGAAUUUUUUGAAGGGGUAUUUAAUGUGACUUUGAUAUGUUUGCCGUGCAGUGUUGGGUAAAUUACUUUCUAAAUGUAAUCCGUUACUAGUUACCUGUCCAAAAUUGUAAUCAGUAACAUAACUUUUGCAUUACCCAAACUCAGGAACGUAAUCUGAUUACUUCCCUUAAAGGUCAACUGCCCCUUAGAACCAACUUCUCUGGUUUUAAAUGGCCUAUGUGGCAUCGAUAUGUCAGAAACAUGAAUUAUAUUGUCAAAAUUGACUACAAAGUUUAAAUAGGAUUUUUUUUUUAUGUGGGGGUUGGAUAAACGCCGAAAAUAAGGUAUGUGGUAAACACAGACUUAGGAGAUCUUAUACGUUUUCUUCUGUGAGAUAAUCUUCGUCAGCUAACGUCAUUUUUUGUGAAUUGAAUAAUAAAAAAACACAAUCACAAAGGCUUCAUAAUUCAUGAAGGUCAUGUUAACUGACUGAUAUAAUCUCAUAGAACAAAAUGAUCUCCUAAACCUGUGUUAACCUCAGACCUUAGUUUCGCCGUUUAUUCCAAAACCCUAUGCUUUCCCCAUUCAUUUUUCCCAUAGGCGUGGCUGAAUGAACCACAGGUAAUUUAUUUCCGGGUUUUAGGACUACAAGCUUGCGAGCUCUACAGCUGGCAAAACAAUCCAAGCAAAUUGAACAUUUACACAUUUACCACACUUUUAUGCGCAUUUAAAACAUAAUCCAUGAAUUUUAUAUAUAUAAUUAUUAUUAUUUUAUCUCCUAGAUUUAGGACAGACACUUCAAAACCUUGUUUCUUAUAAUACAUUUUGACUGUCCUUUUUUCCAUUUUAUGAACGUGUUAUUCAAUGCAUUUCAAUGGGCUUUAGUAGUAAAGGCAAAAAUCUAUAUUAUAUUUAAAGAAUAUAUAUAUAUGUUGGUGUUUUUUUUAUUUUUAUAUAUACCUAAAGGGGUCCUAAAAUUCCAAAUCAAAUAGCUAAAUGGUCCAUAGUAUGACCAUCUUAAAACAAUUCCAAAUGUCAGCUUAGCACCCCACCCCUCCCCCACCGUCUUAGACUCUAACGAAUUAAACGCGUUUUUGACAGUAUGUGUAGCACAAUACUACAGAGUUUAGAAGGGAGCAACUCCCUAAAACUUGUAUUUCAUAGGCUGGGAUCCACACUGCAGCUGUUGCAAGAGCGCAUUUUUCACUGGUCGCAAAAUCAAUGAUUGAUAGGCAGCUUAAACGUCUUCAAUUCAAUCAUUAUUGGGUUAAAAUACUUGCAUACAUUUGUCAACAGCCAUCCACAACAACCACAAUCCGUACGGCGCAAAGAGCAAAAUGAGAGCGCAGCAGUGUGAUUCACAUAACUUUCCUAUGUACAUGUCAAUAAGUGAUAUCCGUAUCACCAGUAGGCUACACCACUGCUGUCGUCCUUACAUUUACGUCAUUUAGCAGACGCUCUUAUCCUUACCUCUAAGUGUUUAUUCAACUUGGAUGUAUAAUCUUUGGAUGCCGACAGCAAUCACACCAUUGGACGACCUAGUUUGGACUGUAGCCUACAAAAGCCUAUUCCUGCUCUUUUCCCGCGAUCCAUCAAAAUGUAUUUGGUGUGUCAUCAUAGUGGUCGCUGACUUGUGUUUUUUUUUUUUCACAAACAUCCUUUCUGAAUUUAAAAGUAAUCUAGUUUUUCAAAAGUAUCUGUAAUCCGAUUUACAGUAUUUUUGCUGGUAAUGUAACGGCUUACAUCAUCUGCAUGUAUUUAGUGAGAGCCAUUAUUUGAGCUGCAGGUUUGGAAAGUGUGUGUGUGAGCGAUCUGAUGUGUGUUUCUGCCUCUGCUGUUGUAGAACGUGCGGGAGGCGCAGGUGUUCAGCUUGGUGGCGGAGCGCAGGAGGAAGUUCCAGGAGAUCAUCAACCGUAGCAGCACCGAGGCCAGCCAGGUGGUGAGGCCCAAGAGCAGCUCCACGCGCUGGGUCCCGCCCGGCACGCCUCCCCAGCUGGUCACAGAGAUCCUGGAGAUCCGCGAGAGCAUGCUCUCCCUGCUCAUCAAGCUGCACCAGAAGCUGUCGGCCAAGCAGAACUCUCUGUCGGCCACCUGGCUGGAGGACAUGGAAGCCAACCCCAACCACCACGCCCACGGGGACGGCAUCACCGCCAUCGAGCGCAUCCUCACCAAGGCGGCCACUCGCAGCCGCCAGAGCAAGCGCAGCAUCCAGGAGAUCUGUGGGAAGGUCUCUCCUCCCGUCGCUCCCAAGAAGAACAGCCCCACUGACAAGAAGACCAUGGAUAAGGACGAGAGGUUUGUUACAAGCUCCCAUCCUGUUUGCAAAACCAUGAUCACCAACUUACCUGUAUCACUUGUCACUUUAUUUUAUGCCACUUAAAAUUAAUACAAUAAUCAAUGUUAAAAGGUCAUUAGCCUUUGAAAUGAGACGCUCUUUUGAAGUUGGUCAAAGGGCAUCUGCAGAGUAUGAAUUUGUAUUCUGUAAACCCCCCUUCACCCACUGUAGAGUCUGUUUUGAAAUUAAGAUAAAGCCUGAUUUGGCAAUUCCGCUCACAUUCACCAGCCACAUCAUCCCUUAUUCUGUUCCCACCACUAAAGAUGAUGGAAUGGGUUAUAAGCACUCCAUGAUGACCUAUUUUUGGGUUGACUCUACCCGCAGACAAAGGUAGCAUCUCUCGCUCGGUGUGGGCUGUUGCCAGGGCGACUGUGGGCCAGCCAAUGGCAGAGGAAGCCGAACGGGGUGCUACACAUUUCUCAGGCGGGCCGCCUGUGCCCCUGAAGCUGUCAGUGGGAAUUACUGAGCUGUGGCACUCCUGUCACCGUUUGUUUAUGUCCUCUUAUUAGGAGUCUCUAUUUACAUUCAACCCUGCUCCCUGGAAGUCUGCACAGGAGCUACAGCCAGCCACAUCAGGGAAAUAAUCACCUUGCCAACCCAGCACCCAGUCACAUACUGUAGCCUUAUUCAAAUCAGACUCCUACUUUGUAUGUAUCGUAUCCAAUGCUACAAAGUUCAUCUCACACUUUAUACCAGGGGUAUUCAACUCUUACCCUACGAGUUUCGGAGCCUGCUGGUUUUCUUUUCUACCUAUUGUCCCAGGUCUAAAUCAGUCCCUGAUUUUAGAGGGGAAAGAUGAAAAAGGCAGAGGAACUGGCUUUCGAGGUCAAGAGUUGAGUUUGAGGGCUUUAUAGUAUGCUUUUGUGGUAGCGUCUCAGGAAAAACAAGCAUCUGUGACGGACAGACAGUAACUGUCUGGAAAUGGGAAUGCAUUGGUGGGUGAGUAGUGGUGAUUUAAUGGCUAGUCAUUGAGAGAAGGGCUUUCAGUGUUUUAUGAAACCAAGCGUUUCCACUUACCCAUGGAAGCUGUUGCUAUGGAGAUGGGUUAACCCCUUCAGUGUGUAGAGAAUAGGCAUUACUCCUGCAUCAAAAUAAUGGAAGUCUGGGCCAUACGUCUCAGCACUCUAUUUUAAGUACAUUUUGAUUUGAAUAAUGCGAUAGGAUGUUUUUAUUUGUGGUGGUGUCAGGUUUGAGACUUUCCACGCUAUGCAACACUUUGACAGUUACGUAAAAUGAUUUGACUGUGACUUUUAUCAUGACAGUUUUAUAUGUAAAGUCUUCUAUGAUAAGUUUUGUUUUUCCUGGUCUUUCAGGCGCCAGAGGGCUCGAGAGAGACAGCAGAAGCUACUGGCUGAGUUUGCCUCUAAACAGAAGAGUUUCAUGGAAACAGCCAUGGAUGUUGGUAAGGAGUGACCCAUUUGGACCAGCAGCAUUUCUCACCCAACAGGACAUGACACACACCACACAAACAAACACACACACUCAAUGCAAUACACUUCACUUCCUGUUAUCCCGAUGUCACUUCCUCUCCACGUGACUAGAAGGAGAUAAAGAUGGAUGAGACAGAUUGUCAUAAAAGUGCAAUUGGACAGUACCCCGACUGUUUAAUUUGGUUCUAUUUCAAUUACUUGUUCGGUCUCUCACUUAUUGAUAGUGUUCCCUUUUAGGGGCGGAGUCUAGGAAGAUCCAAUUACACAAUGUCUGUCGUAGACCGACAGGAGUGACAGCCAAUAGUGGACCACACUUCCAUAUAAGGGGCCGUAGUCCGCUCCUAUCUUUUUUAUUUAUUCAUAUAUAUAUAUGUGUGUGUGUGUGUGUGUGUGUGUGUGUGUGUGUGUGUGUGUGUGUGUGGUCCUCUGUAGCUCAAUUGGUAGAGCAUGGCGCUUGUAACGCCAGGGUAGUGUGUUCGAUCCCCGGGACCACCCAUACGUAAAAAAAUGUAUGCGCACAUGACUGUAAGUCGCUUUGGAUAAAAGCGUCUGCUAAAUGGCAUAUUAUUAUUAUUAUUAUUAUUCUCAAAGCUUAUUCAUAUUGUUACCUCAUCUAUUAACUAUUCUGAAUGUUUGGUCAGUUUUUUUCAGGGUUCUAAUAUACAGGAAAGUUGAUUAUUCAGAACCUUUCCAAGCAUUUAGAUGUACUAAUGUAUUGUAAUAUUUGUUAGAAUGUGCACUAUUAUAUGCUAGCACUUCUUGGAUACAGGGCUUGGUUCUCUAUAACAUUCAAGUGGACUCCACUCAUGUUGAGGACAUAUUGUGCACCCGUUCCAUUAUAGUUCUUGAAGGAAAGUAAAAAAUAAAGCUUUGCCUUUUUCAAUGUGGCAAGGUGACACUGGCCACAGCCCUCAGGCCUCCCUGGUUUCCCCAGGCCUGUUAGGAGCAAUGAGAGGAAAGCACUCCUCUGAGGUUGGAGCCGUGCUGGUUGAGGGCACAGCAGAUCAAAGCACUAAUAGUGGGAUGGACUCCCAGGGACCACCCUGACACAGCGUGGUUAGUGGAUGAAUAAUGGUCUCUGUGAUCAGAGGGAGCACUUAGGCAGGGCUACGGACGGACCUCCGGCUGAGCACGACAGGACGCCUUGUGUGCAGGCCUGCAUCCCAAAUGGCACCCUUUUCCCAAUAUAGUGCACUACUUUUGACCACAAAUGGCACCCUUUUCCCAAUAUAGUGCACUACUUUUGACCAGAGUCCUAUGGGCCCCGGUCAAAAGUAGUGCACUAUAAAGUAAAUGGGGUGCCAUUUGGGAAUCAGCUCUGGCCUCCCUCAGGCUAACUGCUGCCUGGCUGGCUGGCUACAAGGUUCACAUACACAACAUCCACCUCACAUACCUCUACUGUAUUGGCACAACUAGGGGCAGACAGAGAAAUACGCAUUGAUAAUUGUGUUUUCUGAUUUUGUCAAAAGGUGUAAUACAACUAAAUGUAUUGGCUAUAAGGUUUAACAUUUUAAUGGAGAUUUCACUCUUUCUGACCCAUAUUUAUUGAAUGGAUUAGCUUGUGUUUCCAUCUUAUCAGUAUAAAUAAUGGUCUUGACUUCUCAUGAGCUACAUUUGUUUCACAGAUUUGAAUCAAAGGUCACAGAGAAUAUAAAUAUUUGCACUGGAAUUUUAUCAAGACAAAUUGGUCCAAUGGUAAGAGCAUCUGUUCAAGCAUUAAUCUCCCGGUGCACUUGGCCACAGUGGGUAGGUAUGUUCUUUGUGGAAAACUAAAGCCAAGAUAAGACAGAAAUAUUGGAGUACAAUGAUGUCUGGUGUUUUAUGUGUAUAUUGACAAAAUCCCCCUUUUGAAUUCCUGUUUACUGUGUUUGUUCUCACUCCUAGUUGUGUGCCACAUGAAGGAUUCCCAUUUGAAUACCCCAAAGCUCAUAUGUUUCAAAAUAGGAUCCUAUUGUUUCUGAGCAUUCAUGCGUUUAACUCGGACAACAGAUGUUGUGAGCAUCUGCUUUUUAAAUGGAUCUUGUGACAUUGCUUAUUAUGGGCUCUAAAUUAGAAUGACUUUGUCGAAUCUCAUUUACAUACAAAAAUCUAUAUCAUAAAUAUUUGACUCAAAGGGAUUUGUUUAUGAUGGAGCAGUUGUAGGUUAUGCCAUUCGAGGGCUAAAAAUACCAACGCAUCCUUCAUAAGAUGCCAUCCGAAAGCAUUCAAAUUUUGUGAUAGCUGUAGCGACAAUCAUGCUACAAUAUUGACUGCAGGAUUUUACACGUCUAUAGUAGAGAAAAAUAGCAUAGCAACUUAGCAAGGCAGUAGUCCCCCAUAGCAACACCAGUGUCCUUGUCUCCAGCCCUUCUCCAGCUCUGUGUGUGUUCUGUGUAUACUGAGGGCUUGAGGCCUGAGCUGUUCCAUUGACAUCUAAUGCAAACUGUUUAUUUCCCCUGGAACACAUUGACCUCUCCCGAGAUCAUAUUCCACCUGAAGCAAUAAAACAAUUCCAACACGGGUUGACAUUUCUAUGCAAUAUUUACUGUUCAAAUUGAACACGGUCUUUAACAUUUUAAAAACUAAUUUCACAGUAGUCAUUCAUCUCUAGCGCCACGCCAAUCCCUUGGACAGAGGAAGCAGAGAGCUGAAGUGUGGUUAUUGGAAGCAUUGACGCUAGGCACGGUCUGAUGUUUGUAUUCCUUUCCAAGUGGAAAUGCAACAUUAGGUAGAGUGGUAAUGUGUGUACUUAUGCAGUGGCAAGGCUGUCUGAAAGCCUCCUGUGCUUUUGCAAUGUCUAUCCACUUUACCCACUCUUUCUCAUCCUGUAAUUGAGAAAAUGCACUUGAAAAAUACAUGCUAUUUCACCAAAGUGGAAAUGUUGAGACCCGUGUUUGCGCCACUCUAAUAGAACUAGUCAUUGAUUUGCUCUGAAUUAGCAAAGAACAAGGUAAUUGAGCAUGGUAUUAUUUCUAGGAAGGAACGUGUGCAGAUCUGCCGGUUAUCACCUCUAAUGGCAUUUUUAUUAGCUCCCUGUUUUAGCCGGCCCCAAAGACGGCAGAGUUUCACACCACAUUACCUCCUAAAGUUUUUGGUUUUUGCACAUUGUUUGCCAAGAUCUUCCCUGAGCUCCAAGCGCUUAUUCUAAUAUGUUUUGUCUUCUCGCUGUUAGUUUAAUGUGAAUUGUUCAGAAAAUCCGUUAAGAAUGCAAAAUUGCUAUCCAGCUCCAAAUAUGAUAUAUCUACAGCAUUUCUGAUGAAGCUUUUGAAUGUGGUAUUAAUAAAGUGUCGUAUUAAAGAACCAAGAGUAACACUUUGUGGUUUCUUUGUUUGUCUGUCAGAAUCCCCGGACGCUGAAGCAGCCAUGGACCUGGGUGCCUCUGAGGUGAUGGAGUCUGAGGUCCUCUAUGACUGUGUGAUCUGUGGCCAGAGUGGCCCUUCCACUGAGGACCGGCCCACUGGCCUGGUGGUUCUCCUCCAGGCAUCGUCAGGUACUUCUGCACUACAUCCCCCCCAGGAACCCCCUCAUUGUGUCACACACCUGAAUUAAUGGCUUACACCGUCUGCCUUUGUCUCACCACUGUCCUGAUUUGUUGUUCAAUUUCAACCACCUACAAAUGAAAUGGCAAUACGGAGUCAAAUUAAAGGUAGUGUAUUUCAUUGAUAUGAAAAUCUACUUCCCAUAGAACAGCCCUUGCCUGUUAAAGCUACACAGUUAUUCAUGGCAGCUUAGCACCAGCAUAUUGGAAAUCGCAUUUUAAUAGGUAGGUUAGCUGUUGUUUUAAUUGGCUCAUUUAUCAUUGAUGUUGAUCGCUGGCUUAGUUUUCAUACUGCCUUUCUAUGCCGUGCUGCCGGACAGAGGAGGAUCAUUCAAUGUCAUGAAAAUAGACGGCAUGUUUGAUUAGUAAUUAGUUGUGGUUUGGGAAUGCUCCCCGCCUCAAGGUCAAAAGGACACCUUAUUUGAUCUGCCACCUGCUAUUUCAUAAUACGCCUAUCAAAAGACAAUUAACUUAGUGUUUACAUUAUCUGUCAGAUCAUUAUUGUCCUUUCAUAGAUAGGAAGCAAUUUUUUCCCCAGACUGCCACUGAUUUACUGAGACGAUGUGCGGGAGAUUAGCUGUCAUUAUCGACUGAUAUAUCAGUCACUAUCCUCUGUUCCUGAUGUGGAAAGGGGAAAACAUCUGCGUUUGACUACAGGCAUGCCUAAAACAUGACGUGUUCUCCAAGCAAUCGCUGCUCUUGAUUGUUUUAUGUAAAUGUUAUGCAGAUCUAUAAAUAGCAAUCUGAGAGCUCAUUACUCAUGGUAAUACAUUUAUAAUAAAGCUCAUUGUCACUCACUGCGAGCCCCCGUGCUCUGAUUGUUUCAGUGUUGGGACACCGAUACAAGAGUGACGAGGCGAAGAAACUGCCUACCACUGACGAUGAGCACAUCUACCCAGCGGACACGUGCGGGGCGACUCACGACGUCAGACUCGCGCUCAUGCAGCGCUUCUUCAAAGACGUAGGUGUCUGACUGUCGCACUCAGUCACUUAAACACAUUUUCUCUCUGCCUCGCCCUCUCUCUGCCUCGCCCUCUCUCUACCUCGCCCUCUCUCUACCUCGCCCUCUCUCUACCUCGCUCUCUCUCUGCCUCGCGCUCUCUCUCUACCUCGCUCUCUCUUUAUUUCCUUUUGGUUGUUUUUUCUCUACGUCUUGGAUCUAGCUAGUAAAGUCUCACUGUAACACACAGGGAAGCGUUUCAAUGUAAGCGCUGCCAUUUUUGUGAAGUCUUUCCCUAAGCCUAUUUGAUGCACAGAGUGGAUUCCCAUCAUGCAUGUCGAACCAUUUCCUCCUGAGCGGGGUUCAGGUGUUUCAGCAGCCCAGUGUUCCUGCCUGCCAGUCUGUCAGCAGUUCCAGCAGCCAGAAAACGGAGAGAAUCAGACAUGGAGGAUUAAGACCUCCUGACAGAGCUUCUCCUCCCUCACUCCUGCUCUACCUCUCUCUGGGAGCGCUGAGGCAGUUAGUCAGCGUGACGAAGAAACACUGCCAUGGUCUUCGGGUUUUAGCUGCACUGCUGUUCUGCCAUUUCUUGUCUCCUUCUCCAGAAAAGGCUCCUCCUGCCUUUCUCGCACUUAAAAGUGCUGCUGUAGAAAUGUAGUUAAAUCAACUUUCUUGUAUAUAUUUCUAUCAAAGGAGGCUGCUGAAGGAAGGACGGCUCAUAAUAAUGUCCGGAACGGAGUACAUGGAAACCAUGUGUUUGAUAUAUUUGAUACCAUUCAACUCAUUCCGCUCCAGCCAUUACCACGAGCCCGUCCUCCCCAAUUAACGUGCCACCAACCCCCUGUUGUUUCUAUUGUACCGUUAUGGAACUUUAAAGAGACUAGACUCUUACUUGUCUUGAGCUGUUGUCUUGCCUGUUUCGCAGAGUUCCUGUCUGCAGUCGGUCUCAAUAGGCUGGGAUGGAGGUGUGUAUGUGCAGACCUGUGGACACACCCUGCACAUAGACUGUCACAAGUCCUACAUGGAGUCUCUGCGGGUAAGAGUAUCUAUAUGAAUGUAUGGAUUGACAUAAGGGUCAUAACAUAGGACAGUCCUACCUGCCCUGUUUUUCUGUAAUAGUCCAACGUGUCUUUUUUAUUUAUUUUUACCCAGAAUGACCAGGUGCUGCAGGGCUUCUCUGUGGAUAAGGGCGAGUUCACCUGCCCGCUGUGCAGACAGUUUGCCAACAGCGUGCUGCCUUGCCGCCCAGGCCGGAGCACCGAGGUGGUCAGCUGGCACAUGCCCACCAACAAGAAGACCGCUGUGCUGGUGAAGGAGGUGGAGGACCUGCAGGAGCAGCUGGGGCUUUUCCCAGUAAGCACCACUGUAAGGCAGAGAGAUAUACACCACUUCACCCAAGUCUGUCCCCCUGACCCUGAUCACUCCAUCUUCACUUCCUGACAAAUGAGACUGACACCAACAGAAUUGUAGCUAUUUCGGUGUUACUCCAAUUUGGCCUCAAUUCAUUUUUAACCUGUCAUCUCCCGCCAAACCUUUGCUGUGGUUUGUUUCAUGUACUAUCCUAAUGAUUUGCAAAUGCAUACAUGUAGGUGGCCAUUAUAUCAAUAUUACCAUAGUCAACAACAUUUCAAAAUGGAGAUCCUGCGUAGUCACUUUGUAACCGUUCCCUUCCAGACGGAGUCCAACCUGAGUAAAGAGAUGGAGUUGGUCAUCAAGGACAUCAAGAACACCACCCAGAGGAAGUAUAUGGACUAUGGCAAGAACCCUGGUUCCCCUGACAACGACUUCCUCUUCAUGUACUCUGUGGCCAGGUGAGAGACCACAGACUCCUCUGAGAUGCUUAAAAAUAAUGAAACUGAAGAGAAACUCCAUUUAUCACAGUCAUAUGGAGGAUUUUCCAUUUCUAGCUCCAUGAGACUAAGUGAAAGUGCAACCUGGUAACAUAUGGUGUGAGUCGUGCAGGCCUGGGAGAUGAGCGAUGGCCUGGUCACUGCAGGUCAUUUCUGUGAGUGAGACUGUGUUCCCGUGGCUAGUGACCCCUAUGCGUGCUCUAGUCAGACAGGGAGGUCCUCCUACUGCUCUCAGUUAUGCAGCCCACUGACUCUGGUCUUGUGGCCUCUGGCCAAAACACUGGCUGCCUGGCCUGUCUGAUCCGCUCCUUUGUGCUCUUAAAGCCAUCUCCCUGCCUUGCAUUACAAUGACUGGGCACAGAAAGAGAACUGCAACAUUUCCUGAGUUUAGCCUAGUUGUAUUUUUGUUUUGUUAUUUUCUUCCAUUGAGCACACUACUUCGCUUGAGGGCUGCUUGAAAAGGGCUUUUGUACAAUAUCUGUAGUGUACAGUGGAAGCGUAUUGAAUUUUUGUCAUUGUACUUGCACCGGAUAUAUAGAUUACGUGGUAUUUUUUUGAAAGUUGCUCGGUAGCUGUGAAGUUAGUUUUUUGAUUGACUUUAUUCAUACCUCUGAUUGUAUGGGGCUGGAGGUGUCGCUGGAAAUGCUUCUAAACAGCAUUAGCAGCUUUGUCAAUUGAGGCUGCAGGAAAAUGGUAUUGACUCUGGCUGGUUCCACCAUCCUGUGCCGAGUCCUUUAUUACCUCUGACUGGAUGGAUUUAUCGCUCUGCCUCCCUUUGACUGAUUUGAGUUAUUUUUCGCCUGAGUACUUAUUCACAGUUUUGUUGCUUCUUGUGUUGGAGCCCUAAUCUUCCUUCUUUGAACGUGCUCCUCUAAAUGAUGUAAACGGAUGUAGCAGGCGCACUGCUUUUAUCAUCGUCUGAAAUUGAUAAUGCGUUACAGGGACUAGAGAAUGGAACCGUCAUUUCUAUUCUCUCACCAGAGGCAGGGUCAUGGAUGCCCUUGGCCCCUCCCAGACCUCUCCCCCUCCCAUUUUUCUCUCACCCUGUGCCCUGCAGAGAGAAAUCCUUGCUCCCUGUGUCUGGGUGCCUGUUGGCUUUCUCAAUUUCAGUGAACAGCUCAAAUUGCCUGAGGAGUGGAAAAUUCCUCUGUCGGAAGGGCGCUCUUAUCAGUAGCAGCCAGAUGAAGCUCGGCAUGGCUGCAUUAUCUAUGUGAAAUUGCUUUUUCUCCCAGGAAGCCCGAGGAUUUGCCCCCACCAACCAGCCUAUGGGAGGAAACGGCCAGUGGCAGGAUCAAAACAACCCCUGUUCAGUCUAAUUUAACACCUAUCUGCUUUUAAUAUCAAUUUAUUCUCUAAUGGUUUAACUUUUUUUCUUUAUUUGAUGGCAGAAAUUGAAAUAUUAAGUGAAAUGUGUUUGGAUAUGCAUGGGAAAUUCGGAGCAGAGAUUAUAUAAGGGAAACUGUGGAUGGAACAGCUUUUAUGCUAAUAGCCUAGCUUGUGCAAACCCUGAACCAUUUCAGUUAUUGAUAUGAAAUAGCUGGUACAAACACAACAGCAAAUGUCUGCUACAUCUUCUAUAUCUGAUGUUUCUUAUAAAACAGGUGAAUAGAGGGAAAGCCAGUCAGUAACCUUACCCAAGGCAGAUAUUGGUGAUAAUUUCACUCGUUGAUGCGUUUAGGUUGCUACCAGCCCUACUCUCUUGGGUUGCUACCAGCCCUACUCUCGUGGGUUGCUACCAGCCCUACUCUCUUGGGUUGCUGCUAGCCCUACUCUCUUGGGUUGCUACCAGCCCUACUCUCUUGGGUUGCUACCAGCCCUACUCUCUUGGGUUGCUGCUAGCCCUACUCUCGUGGGUUGCUACCAGCCCUACUCUCUUGGGUUGCUGCUAGCCCUACUCUCGUGGGUUGCUACCAGCCCUACUCUCUUGGGUUGCUGCUAGCCCUACUCUCUUGGGUUGCGGCUAGCCCUACUCUCUUGGGUUGCUGCUAGCCCUACUCUCUUGGGUUGCGGCUAGCCCUACUCUCUUGGGUUGCGGCUAGCCCUACUCUCUUGGGUUGCUACUGCCAUAGCAGGUAGAUGACAUAGUCCCCUGUAGCUCAGUUGGUAGAGCAUGGCGCUUGCAACGCCAGGGUUGUGGGUUCGUUUCCCACGGGGGCCAGUAUGAAAAUGUAUGCACUCACUAACUGUAAGUCGCUCUGGAUAAGAGCGUCUGCUAAAUGACGUAAAUGUUAAUGAAGGAAUGUUAAUAGUCCACUGUACUGUUUCUUAAUGGGGAAAAACUCCUGUCAGAUGGCUGUGCAAAUGCCAAAAAAUAUUCAUCCUGUCUCACUAAGCCCUAGCAGUUGACCGUGUGUGUGUUUAGUAAUGGUUGUGUUUCCUCAGGACAAACCUGGAGCUGGAGCUGGUGCACCGUGGAGGGAACCUGUGUUCUGGAGGAGCCAGUGCUGCAGCCAAGCGCUCCUGUCUCAGUGAGUACACUACACCAGUCCCCUCACCUAGCUUCUCAUAAGAAGUGUGCUGCCCUCUACUUGACCACUAAGCUAUUGUGUACAUCUGAAGUUGACCUUGUGUAAAGCCGUUGACCAAUGUUUCGUAUAUUAACAUUUUGAAAUAUUUUUUUAGAUUUAAAGAGUUGAGUAUGAAGUAUUUUAGUCUCUGUUCUUUUAUGAUAAGGUCCUUUUGGAAUUCAGGCUGAUUACGGUGACUUGAGGGUAUUGGGUGUGGUGGGAAGCCUUGUCCCAUCAGCCUUUGUGUAUAAAGUGUCUGAGUUGAGAUUGAAGUCGCUCGUCCAUGUAACUGUUGGACCAUUUGUAAAGAUUGUCGAUUAGCAGUGGCAGGGAAGGAGAGAUGCUAUCCCAGGUGAGCUGUUGCCGACGCGUUCUGCCGUCAGGGUAAAUGAAGCGGACAAAUGGGUCAAGUGCUGUUUUAGUUGAUUGUGUGGCAAGGGUGACCCGCUGAAGACCGAGUGAUGUUGCCGUCUUGAGAGGUGACUCAGCCCACUGUGACAACAAUGCCAAAGACAAAGCCUCCGACAAUGGUUGUCGAUUUGGAGGACAACACACACUUAUGCUCAAAGAGGUGUAGACGAAGAUGCAAGGUUUGAUUUUUGGAUGGUCGACUCACUUAAGAUGCCCAAGAUGUUUCUCCUUUAUUGUACUUUGUCUGUAAUUUGAACUUGACCUUCAACCUUUAAUGUGUUAAACAUUAUGUUCUCCUAUCAGAGCUGAGCCUGGGGAUGAGAGCAGUCCAUUUUCCUGCUCUGUUUAAUUAGACUGUUUAGUGGCGAUAAAUUUGAGCAGCUCGCGGCACUAGUGAGAUGCCUGUCAUCCUUGAGUGGGGCAAAAGAGAUUUCAUACUUGAGGACUGCCAUUUUCUGAGCUACAUUAACUCGUCUAGCCACGCUGGCGGAUAAAUCUACUGAGUUGCAGUACAUUAGCGUUGCCUCUUCGUAUGGAAUGGGAUAUGGAGGUGUAUUGGGGACGCUAACUACUAGAACCCAAGGGGGUUUCUAAGCCCAUAUCCCACAAGGCACUUAUAUCGUUUAGCUGAUGAGGAUGUCAUAGGCUGGAGAGUGGAGCCGGCAAUCUCUCGUGUUAAAUCAACUGUGGUGAGUCCACCUUCAAAUGGCUCGCCUCUGGUAUAUCUGCCAGAGAGAACAUUUUGAAUUAGGCCAGUCUUGUGAUGUAGUCUUUACAGUGAAGAUGGCCUUCAACGUCCAAUACAAUACUGUAAUGGUAGGUGUCGGCCUAUCACGAUGAGAUGUGUCCAAGAGAAUUUCUCAUUUGAAAAGUGUUUGUCCGCGGGACGGUGGGGGGGGGUGGUGUAAAAGUAAUCUAAUCCCAACAUAGGUCACACAGCCAUUACAAAUCUAUAUUGGAGGGAUGACAAGUGGGGGGGUAAAGAUCAUGGCAAAUAGCAUGAGCUUUAAUAGAAAGCAGAGCCAGAUCAAUAUCUGAAGGCAAACUGAAGGCAUCUCUAUUGGUGCUGUCAGACUGUGUGGCUGUGGGGGUCGCAGAGCAGCAGGCUGGGAGAUGAGAAGCAUGCACAUACCAAGCACCAAGCACCAGGCAGGGGCUGACUGAUGGAAGAGGUGUUAGCCAUGCGAGCAGCAAUUGAAGCCUGGUUCCCUGCCAGCUUGAAGGGCAUUGGCUGGCGAUCCUUCCGCCACAGUGUCACUCUUCACAUGUUGUCGUCCUCUAGUGGAAGGACUCUAACCCCAACUGACAGACGGAGGGACUGAAGUGGAGUCAAUCACCUCCCUCGACCUCUGGGUCGUAUCCUGCUGCUGUCACCAUGCAUCAGCUGUAGAGGGCAGUGCUGCUCUAGUUUUGACAGUCAAGUGAGCCAACUCACCCAAAAGUCCAUAUUGCAGCAUUGGAAUUCAAUGUUUUGCUGCAUUACAGCUGUGUCAUAACUCACAGAAAACAAAAUAUAUAUAUAUAUAUUGGGCUACAGAUCUGUUGACAAGGUUGGAUGUAAGAAACUGUAUUAGUAUUUGAGACCACUUGGUUGUUCUGGGUGAGAGAAAGUAGCCAACGCGAGAGCAGAUCUCUAUAUUAGGAACAUAUGAUUUACAUUUACGUCAUUUAGCAGACGCUCUUAUCCAGAGCGACUUAAACCCCCAAUUUAUAUGUUAUUGUAUGCUUUACAGGUGUAAAUUUAAAAGGUGAUUUUCAGAUUUCAAAUACUUGUUUAACUAUGGUUCUAAUGAGCACAACCUUAGUGGGCCAUUGUGAGGCCAUUAUAAGGAGAAGCAGAUUCAUUCCUUUUUUGGUGUUAAUAAUAUUAAAGGAGGACACUGUUCCAGGAGGAGAUUACAUUUUUAGUAAUGGUAUGUGUGUGUGUGAGAAAAGUGUGGCGCUCUUCAUGUUCCACAGUGAACAGGUGUGACUCCUGACCAGAGAGGAUAGCUGGGAGCAGAGUAGUGCCGUCUAUCCAUCUGGCCUGGCCUGCUACCCAGCCAAACCAUUACGCUCAGUGCAAUCAGUUCAAGUCAACUGCAUUUGUCAUUUGAUACACUCAUAGCUUGGUGUGCUAGUGGGCACUGACCUACUGACAUGCAGGUGGCCAGUUACAGUAGCUGUCUCAUUUCUGUGCCAGUGUUCUGAUCUAUUUGGCUGACCAUUUUAAAUCCAUUUUGGGUUUUUCUUCUGUCUUUCAGAUCAGCUUUUCCAUGUGCUUGCCAUGCACAUGCGUCUGUACAGCAUUGAUUCUGCAUACAACCCCUGGACCAGGUUGACCCAGGUGGCUCAGAGAAGCGACGAGUGAGUGACAGCCAUCCUAAAGCUACACUACAUAGACAUUCAGUAAUCUACUCUCACCUCUCCUCACCCUGCAGUUCCACUACACAUACUGCUAUCUUAUCACAAACUCAGCCACGCACCCUGCAUCAGUAACCCCCCCCCCCCCGAGUCCUGCAGAUCCACCUGACAUCCCUACACCCCUCUCCUGAGCCCAGUUUACCCUAACAGCCCCUUCAACACAUACGCCACACACACACACACACACACACACACACACACACACACACACACACACACACACACCCUUCCUGUAAUCACAGUGACACUCUCCCCUCACACUAAACACCACCACCCCCACAUCCUCCUGGCCCUUGCAGCUUUUCCUCCAGACAAAGAGGAGACAAACACCGAGAAGGCACCAUGUGUGGUUGCCAUAGAUACCAAUAAUUGCUGCAUCUGGCAAAUUACCGGGUGCUUGUUAGAGAGCGAAACGACCCUGUCACAAUCACUGCACCGAGAAACAACGCACUGCACAUCUCAGCCCUCCGCUGCCCAGCAUCAUCUUUCACAGGAUCAGAGAAAUGUAACAAAGCAUAGUCUCCCCUUUCUUCAUGCUCUUGCCACACAGCUUGUUUUUGUUGGUCAGAUGUGCUCUGUCUUGAAUAGUUUGGCUUCCCAGGUUUUCAUUUCUGAGCGCUAUCAGCAUCCCACUAUUAGCACUAUUAGGUGACCUAACGACCUCUCUCCCUCCCUGUUAGCAGUGGACGACCGCUUUUACACCUGUUACUAUUUAAAUGCUCCGAGCCAGGCAGGAGUCUGAGGACCAAUUUUGUGUUCAAAAUACCUAAGGGAUUUGGAAGGCAACUAUGUCAUUGACACCCUCAUACAGUCAUGUUGCUCUAUUUAAAUAGGACAGAGAACGUCGAUGCCCUAGUCUGACCUAUACACUGUCUGUUUUUCAUAACCUUAUGUCAAUUUAUGUGGAUGCCUUACAUUUUUUUAAUAAGUUUUAUUUUGGAAAGACUACAUUGCUCAUAUUAUUUAUUAGUCAUCUGGAUUUGACUGAAAUGUCAAGUAAACAUAUUUAGUUGUGUGGGCUGUACACCCUUGGCAAGUCUUUUGAAUUUGAUGGAAUGAAAAGCAGAUUGCUGCGUCAUAAAGGUCUUCUUCUAUUGCACGCUACAAUUAACAGGCGAGUGCCUUCAAAAUGGAAUGCAUUAUUGUGUAAGUGCAGCUCCCUUCAUUCGAUGUCCCCGGAGGUCUUGAGUGGAGAUGGAGGCUCUCUCUAUGGGCAGCCAGAUGAAAAGAAGCCAUUUUAAAUGGAGAUGGCAAUCAACAACAAUAUGUGGCUCGGGCUGCAUUAUAGAAGUGGGUCACGGGAUAUAAGGAAAAAUGCUUUGCUUUCUCCCACUGCAUUAAAGUGGAGGACUCCUAGAGGGCAAUUGGAAGUGUGACGUCAUUGCAAGUUUUAAGUGCACAGCAAAUUAAGGGCAGCCACGGGAGGUUGGUGGCACCUUAUUUGGGGAGGACGGGCUCGUGGUAAAGCCUGGAGCGGCGUAAGUGGAAUGGUAUCAAAUACAUCAAACACAUGGUUUCCAUGUGUUUGAUGCCAUUUCAUUCUGUCCAUUCCAGACAUUAUUAUUUAUUGAUUGAUUGAUUGAUUGAUUGAUUUAUUUACUAUUAUGAGCCGUCCUCCCCUCAGCAGCCUCCACUGAAGGCAGCGUAUAUAUUCAAGGGAGGACUUUGCUCUUGGCCCUGAGAAGAUAAAGGCAAUGGGCAUCUACAGUGGGCUCCAAAAGUAUUGGGACAGGGACACAUUUUUCGUUUUGGCUCUGCACUCUAGCACUUUGAAAUGAUACAAUGACUAUGAGGUUAAAGUGCAGACUGUCAGCUUUAAUUUGAGGGUGUUUAUAUCCAUAUCGGGUGAACCGUUUAGAAAUUACAGCUUUUUGUUUAUAUAGUCCCUCCAUUUGAGGGGAACGAAAGUAUUGGGACAAAUUCACUUGUGUAUCAAAGUAGUAAAAAGUGAAGGAUUUGGUCCCAUAUUCAUAGCACGUAAUGACUACAUCAAGCAUUUUUUGGGGGUGGGGGUUUAUGAUAUUUGUGCGUGUAACUUUCUCACUCAUCAUUAUUCACUCAUCAUUCAGUAUUAUCCAUAGUCAUGGCAACAUCCACAUGAAUGUAGAAGGGUUAUUAAAGAUGACAGUCUGCACUUCAUAGUCUGUCAUUCAUAGUCAUUUAUCAUUUCAAAUCCAAAGUGCUGGAGUACAGAGCCAGAAAAACAGCAAAAAAUGUCACUGUCCCAAUUACUUUGCAGCUCAAUGUAUUUUAGCGUGUACAUAACCGCUCUAACGUGCCCCUACCAAUAGUUAUUGAAAAUAAUCAGGGUGGAAAUUGACAGAAUUGAAUGGGUAAACCCAGCUAGGGGGUCCACUUAAACGAUUGCUAAAAAUAUAUUCUGUUGAACUGGAAAACUGAUCUGAUGUCUCUGCUCUUUCUAUUUUGUAUUUUUUUAGUCCCACCCUGUCUUGUCCAUGUCCUCUUUUGUUUGUCUUUUCCCACUCCUUUCUCUUUUACUUGUUGUUGCUGCUGUAAGAAUCUUUUCAUAUACAGUUAUAAUACACUUGUUUGUUUGACAGGUGGUGGGGAUUAGAAAGGGGUGAAGAGAAACUGUAAAAGUAAUUUCAGUGAUUGCGUCAGCUAUUUAAAAGUUGUGUUAUGGUAGUUAAAGAUGUUUUUAAUUGUUAUAGGCUAAUGGAGAAUUCAAGAUGAACUGAAGUUAGAGUUCAAUAUAGUAAACAAUCAUUUGGAUUACUUUUAGUAGGAUGGAUUAGAACAACACCAGAUACCAGGAGUGGUCUUCCUGAACAAAGCACACAAAUAAGCUUAAGGCAUGGGGUCUUGCACAUGCCGGAGCCUACAUGCAGUUACUAAAAUAGCUGUGUCUUUUGAUUAGAAGCUAUUUCUGUUCAGUCACUCAGCAUCCCUGUUUCUAGCUGCCUACCUGAGGGACGGACUGUUGAGGUGUAUUCCCUUUGGUUGGAGAUGUCUUUGAGCCAAGGUUUGAGGUGUGUUCAGAAAGAGCAACACAGCACAACGUUUUGACUGGACAUUUUAAUAAUAACUGUUCAAAGGAUCCACCCACGAUCGUAUUCAAAUUCAACCGGAACGUGCGUUCCCCCUUAAUUCAUUCCGGCCCAUUUCCACCCAUGGGAAAAAUAAGACGUUUAUGUUUACCUACCUGGUGUUUCUUGUUUAAAUGAAUACUUUACUCUUAUCUUAAUGCGAAUGUACUGUAUGUUUUUCAACAUGUCUUUAAAAAACGUUACCUUAAGUGUGUUGUUCCCUACAGAUGCCUGGAUGACGAGAGGCCAGAGGUCCCCAUGCUGUUCAGAGACUGCCCAUCCCUGCUCAUCAUCUUUGUGUUGACCAUGCCACAGCCACUACGCAAAGGUGCUGUCACUGUCCUAACUAUCCGGACAUUUUUUUAUUUAAACAAAAUAAUUCUCCAUCAGACCAGAGGGACGGGGGGGAAGGGGAGUUAACAAGGCUACAGCGGGAGGUUUCUCAUUGGCUUGGUCAGAAUGACAGACCAUUAUCAGUCCUAAUCAUGACUGAAUGUAGGGAGGGUUCUUAUCUGUUCUUCCGUUCCCUCUAUUUUUGGCUGUGAGGAGCAGAGUGACAUCGCCCUGUUUAUGGAAGCCGUGCACCCUUCACAUGCCCUUCAUCUCCAGCUGAGUGCUUCAUGUUUGAUCUCCUCCAGGCUCAGCCCCGUGCCCGAGGGGAGGGCCACCACAUUGGAGGCCAAAUUGCAGCAAUCAUAGGCCUUCUUAAUGGGUGCCAUGCCAUACAAAGCUGUGCUGACUGAACACAUGGACACUGAGGCAGUAUGAGGCCUAAAUAUCUAUCCUAGCAUCAGAACAGGGGAGACAUGUAGAAUACUUUGAAAUAUAGGCUAUACUCAACUCUGUUAACCUCUACGGGAUCGGUGUCCCGUAUACGGGACUGUUGAGCUAACGUGCGUUAAUGUGAUUAGCAUGACUGUUGUAAGUAACAGCAAACUUUCCAGGACAUAGACAUGUCUUUAUAUGGGCAGAAAGCUUAAAUUAUUGUUAAGCUAACUGCACUGUACAGUAGCUAUUACAGUGAAAAAAUACCAUGCUAUUGUUGAGGAGAGUGCACAACAACAAAACACUUAUCAAGGCAACUGGUUUGAAACAUUCAUCUCUGAAGGUAAAUAAUGUAAUUACAUUCAGUAAUCUUGCUCUGAUUUGUCAUCCUAAGGGUCCCAGAGAUAAAAUGUAGGAUAGUUUUGUUUGAUAAAAUCCAUUUUUAUAUUCAAAUGUAAGAACUCUGUUCUACAGUUUGAACCCCUGCUAUCUCUGGCUCCACACCCACCCCGCCCGGCCAUCUAGAUGUGUGAAAGUUAGUGUAUAAGCUAAUGAUCCAUCAUGUAUGACAUUCCUGGGAGUGUAUAAACUUACAUUUUGUAUUACCAUAUAAUUUGUGUAUGUUCUCUAUAGUUAUGUACUUGAAAAUGCAUCAAUUGACCAAAUUGGCACAUUUGGGCAGACUUGAUACAAAAUAGUUCAGUAUUGCAAUGCUUCACUGGAUCAAUCUGAAACUUUGCACACACACUGCACACUGCGCAAAUCUAAAUUGCGCCUAAACUGCAAUAUUCUAUUGAGGCCUUUCUCUUGCAUUUCGAAGAUGAUGGACCAAAAAUAUAAAUAGAAAACGCAUGUUUUUUUGUUUGUAUUAUCUUUUACCAGAUCUUUUUUAUUUAUUUUUUUAUUUUUAUUUCACCUUUUAUUUAACCAGGUAAACCAGUUGAGAACAAGUUCUCAUUUACAACUGCGACCUGGCCAAGAUAAAGCAAAGCAGUGCGAUAAAAACAACAACACAGAGUUACAUAUGGGGUAAAACAAAACAAAGUCAAAAAUACAACAGAAAUACAUAUAAUAUACAGUGUGCAAAUUUAGCAAGUUAUGGAGGUAAGGCAAUAAAAUAGGCUAUAGUGCAAAAUAAUUACAAUUAGUAUUAACACUGGAAUGAUAGAUGUGCAAGAGAUGAUGUGCAAAUAGAGAUACUGGGGUACAAAUGAGCAAAAUAAAUAACAAUAUAGGGAUGAGGUAGUUGGGCGGGCUAAUUUCAGAUGGGCUGUGUACAGGUGCAGUGAUCGGUAAGGUGCUCUGACAACUGAUGCUUAAAGUUAGUGAGGGAGAUAAGUGUCUCCAGCUUCAGAGACUUUUGCAAUUUGUUCCAGUCAUUGGCAGCAGAGAACUGGAAGGAAUUGCGGCCAAAGGAGGUGUUGGCUUUGGGGAUGACCAGUGAGAUAUACCCGCUGGAGCGCAGACUACGGGUGGGUGUUGCUAUGGUGACCAAUGAGCUAAGAUAAGGCGGGGAUUUGCCUAGCAGUGAUUUAUAGAUGGCCUGGAGCCAGUGGGUUUGGCGACGAAUAUGUAGUGAGGACCAGCCAACAAGAGCGUACAGGUCACAGUGGUGGGUAUUAUAUGGGGCUUUGGAGACAAAACGGAUGGCACUGUGAUAGACAACAUCCAAUUUGCUGAGUAGAGUGUUGGAGGCUAUUUUGUAAAUGACAUCGCCGAAGUCAAGGAUCGGUAGGAUAGUCAGUUUUACGAGGGCAUGUUUGGCAGCAUGAGUGAAGGAGGCUUUGUUGCGAAAUAGGAAACCGAUUCUAGAUUUAACUUUGGAUUGGAGAUUCUUAAUGUGAGUCUGGAAGGAGAGUUUACAGUCUAACCAGACACCUAGAUAUUUGUAGUUGUCCACAUACUCUAGGUCAGACCCGUCGAGAGUAGUGAUUCUAGUCGGGUGGGCGGGUGCAAGCAGCGUUCGGUUGAAGAGCAUGCAUUUAGUUUUACUAGUGUUUAAGAGCAGUUGGAGGCUACUGAAGGAGUGUUGUAUGGAAUUGAAGCUCGUUUGGAGGUUUGUUAACACAGUGUCCAAUGAAGGGCCAGAUGUAUACAAAAUGGUGUCGUCUGCGUAGAGAUGGAUCUGAGAGUCACCAGCAGCAAGAGCGACGUCAUUGAUAUACACAGAGAAAAGAGUCGGCCCAAGAAUUGAACCCUGUGGCACCCCCAUAGAGACUGCCAUAGGUCCAGACAACAGGCCCUCCGAUUUGACACAUUGAACUCUAUCUGAGAAGUAGUUGGUGAACCAGGCGAGGCAGUCAUUUGAGAAACCAAGGCUAUUUAGUCUGCCAAUAAGAAUGCGGUGGUUGACAGAGUCGAAAGCCUUGGCCAGGUCAAUGAAAAUGGCUGCACAGUACUGUCUAUUAUCGAUCGCGGUUAUAAUAUCGUUUAGGACCUUGAGCGUGGCUGAAGUGCACCCAUGACCAGCUCGGAAACCGGAUUGCAUAGCGGAGAAGGUACGGUGGUAUUCGAAAUGGUCGGUGAUCUGUUUGUUGACUUGGCUUUCAAAAACUUUUGAAAGGCAGGGCAGGAUGGAUAUGGGUCUGUAACAGUUUGGAUCUAGAGUGUCACCCCCUUUGAAGAGGGGGAUGACCGCGGCAGCUUUCCAAUCUCUGGGGAUCUCAGACGUUACGAAAGAGAGGUUGAACAGGCUAGUAAUAGGGGUUGCGACAAUUUCGGCAGCUAGUUUUAGAAAGAAAGGGUCCAGAUUGUCUAGCCCAGAUGAUUUGUAGGGGUCCAGAUUUUGCAGCUCUUUUAGAACAUCAGCUGUCUGGAUUUGUGUGAAGGAGAAGCGGGGGGGGCAUGGGCAAGUUGCAGCGGAGGGUGCAGAGCUGGUGGCCGGGGUAGUGGUAGCCAGGUGGAAAGCAUGGCCAGCCGUAGCAAAAUGCUUGUUGAAAUUCUCGAUUAUUGUAGAUUUAUCGGUGGUGAUAGUGUUUCCUAGCCUCAGUGCAGUGGGCAGCUGGGAGGAAGUGCUCUUAUUUUCCAUGGACUUUACAGUGUCCCAAAACUUUUUGGAGUUAGUGCUACAGGAUGCAAAUUUCUGUUUGAAAAAGUUAGCCUUUGCUUUCCUAACUGCUUGUGUAUAUUGGUUCCUAACUUCCCUGAAAAGUUGCAUAUCGCGGGGGCUAUUUGAUGCUAAUGCAGUACUGACGGAAUGAGAUCUAUAUCCAUCCAGGAUACCUGGGCCAGGUCAAUUAGGAAGGCCUGCUCGCUGAAGUGUUUUUGGGAGCGUUUGACAGUGAUGAGGGGUGGUCGUUUGACCGCGGACCCGUUACGGACGCAGGCAAUAAGGCAGUGAUCGCUGAGAUCCUGGUUGAAGACAGCGGAGGUGUAUUUAGAGGGUAAGUUAGUCAGGAUGAUAUCUAUGAGGGUACCCAUGUUUACGGAUUUAGGGUUGUACCUGGUAGGUUCGUUGAUAAUUUGUGUGAGAUUGAGGGCAUCUUCAUUUCACAUUUCCACAAACUUUUUCCCUUCAAAUGGUAUCAAGAAUAUGCGUAUUAUAAUAAUAAUAAUAAUAAUAAUAAUAAUAUGCCAUUUAGCAGAUGCUUUUAUCCAAAGCGGCUUAGUCAUGUGUGCAUACAUUUUUACGUAUUCUUGCUUCAAGUCCUGAGCUACAGAUAGUUAGAUUUGUGAAUGUCAUUUUAUGCGAAAAUUGAAAAAGGGUCCAAUCCCUAAGAGGUUAAACCAAUAUACAGUACAAUACAAUUGUACAUGGUGAGUGUUUUUAAAGAGCCUGAGGUGGUAUUGGUUAUUGGUGAGGGGAUAUAGCUGUGACAGGUUUUGUUUUCUCAAGGGAAUGCCAUUUCUCAGCUGUAAGAGCUCUUCUCCCUAUUGACUGAAUAACACCUCCUUACAUUGCGCUUCAGUCUGCCGGGGAAAACGGCACUCAAUGUCUUAUGUACUUUGAGAUGGACUUUGUAUCUUUUUCAAUUCCACAUUGAUUAAGCCAAAUAAGCAUCAUUAAGGCCCUCCUUAUGACAUGGAGAAUUGAUUUUUAAAACAUCACUAUGCGAGAUGGGCGUGAAUGAAGUCUUUUAUUUUAUUUUAACUGUGGCAUGGAGAUGGAGGUCAGGACAUGUCUGGGUUUUUGUCUCAUUUAGAGUGGAUAGGAGGGAGAGGUGGGGCGGGGGGUUCUUAACAGCCUGUGUGUCCUUCAUAGCAGUAAAGGUGUUGUGUGUUGUUAAUGUGCCGACAAGCAACACAAUGGCCAGUACAGUGGACCUGUCACCACCACCACUCUCCUGAGGAGGGGAAAUAAUGGAGCUAAUUGUGUUUCUGUCGGUUCAAAUCACAUCUCCCACCUGGCCGGCCCGGUUCCCCCUGCUAAUUACAAGUGUAUUUGAUGAGCCUUUAUAAACACAGGAGCAUUCCUCUGGAGACCAAACCCAACCUAUUGACUUGUGUUCUAGCCCAAUAAAAAGGUUUCAUCUUCUUUGAAGGCAACCGCAUUGUCCAGCUCUUACAGAUCAUUCUAGGCCUCCCUUAAGGCACUCCUUUUACUGUUAAACAUAAAUGAAACUGCUUUCUAUUUAACAAGGUGUUCUAAGUAGUCAUUGGGAAGAGAUGAUGUACUGUGUUUGUAUCAAGUAUUAAUGUACGGUUCCACUUAGUAAUUGGUCUAUGUAGAGAACACAUCUUGGCUCUUGUGAUUUCCUAUUUUGGCUGAUUGCUAGGAUGCUCUAUUCAUGCACAUAAUUAUUACUAAAGAAAAAUGCAAAUGAAGGGCAGUAUUUGCAUAUUCUCCCAAAAUGAAUAACUUUGUUGCAAUCAUAUUCCUGUUUUUAUGUUAAGCAGAUUUUCAUCCAUGACAGUGUUUCUUCCAAUGAGAAUGGCAACAACUUAAUUAUGAAUCUGUUAUUAUUCUCAAAAUGAAACAGUCUGACCAAGACUAUCUACAGUGAGGGGAAAAAAGUAUUUGAUCCCCUGCUGAUUUUGUACGUUUGCCCACUGACAAAGACAUGAUCAGUCUAUAAUUUUAAUGGUAGGUUUAUUUGAACAGUGAGAGACAGAAUAACAACAAAAAAAUCCAGAAAAACGCAUGUCAAAAAUGUUAUAAAUUGAUUUGCAUUUUAAUGAGGGAAGUAAGUAUUUGACCCCUCUGCAUAACAUGACUUAGUACUUGGUGGCAAAACCCUUGUUGGCAAUCAGAGGUCAGACGUUUCUUGUAGUUGGCCACCAGGUUUGCACACAUCUCAGGAGGGAUUUUGUUCCACUCCUCUUUGCAGAUCUUCUCCAAGUCAUUAAGGUUUCGAGGCUGACGUUUGGCAACUCGAACCUUCAGCUCCCUCCACAGAUUUUAUAUGGGAUUAAAGUCUGGAGACUGGCUAGGCCACUCCAGGACUUUAACGUGCUUCUUCUUGAGCCACUCCUUUGUUGCCUAGGCCGUGUGUUUUGGGUCAUUGUCAUGCUGGAAUACCCAUCCACGACCCAUUUUCAAUGCCCUGGCUGAGGGAAGGAGGUUCUCACCCAAGAUUUGACGGUACAUGGCCCCGUCCAUCGUCCCUUUGAUGCGGUGAAGUUGUCCUGUCCCCUUAGCAGAAAAACACCCCCAAAGCAUAAUGUUUCCACCUCCAUGUUUGACGGUGGGGAUGGUGUUCUUGGGGUCAUAGGCAGCAUUCCUCCUCCUCCAAACAUGGUGAGUUGAGUUGAUGCCAAAGAGCUCGAUUUUGGUCUCAUCUGACCACAACACUUUCACCCAGUUCUCCUCUGAAUCAUUCAGAUGUUCAUUGGCAAACUUCAGACGGGCCUGUAUAUGUGCUUUUUUGAGCAGGGGGACCUUGCGGGCGCUGCAGGAUUUCAGUCCUUCACGGCGUGGUGUGUAACCAAUUGUUUUCUUGGUGACUAUGGUCCCAGCUGCCUUGAGAUCAUUGACAAGAUCCUACCGUGUAUUUCUGGUCUGAUUCCUCACCGUUCUCAUGAUCAUUGCAACUCCACAAGGUGAGAUCUUGCAUGGAGCCCCAGGCCGAGGGAGAUUGACAGUUAUUUUGUGUUUCUUCCAUUUGCGAAUAAUCACACCAACUGUUGUCACCUUCUCACCAAGCUGCUUGGCGAUGGUCUUGUAGCCCAUUCCAGCCUUUUGUAGAUCUACAAUCUUGUCCCCUGACAUCCUUGGAGAGCUCUUUGGUCUUGGCCAUGGUGGAGAGUUUGGAAUCUGAUUGUUUGAUUGCUUCUCUGGACAGGUGUCUUUUAUACAGGUAACAAGCUGAGAUUAGGAGCACUCCCUUUAAGAGUGUGCUCCUAAUCUCAGCUCGUUACCUGUAUAAAAGACACCUGGGAGCCAGAAAUCUUUCUGAUUGAGAGGGGGUUAAAUACUUAUUUCCCUCAUUUAAAAUGCAAAUCAAUUUAUAACAUUUUUGACAUGCGUUUUUCUAGAUUUUUUGCUGUUAUUCUGUCUCUCACUGUUCAAAUAAACCUACCAUUAAAAUUAUAGACUGCUCAUUUCUUUGUCAGUGGGCGAACAUACAAAAUCAGCAGGGGAUCAAAUACUUUUUCCCCUCACUGUAGUGUGAGUAGCCCAACACUAUUUGUUUGCUCCUCCAAUACCAGGGCACCUAACGUGGGUGUGUCUCCUCUCUCUCUGUCCCUGCAGAACACUUCAUCUGUCUGGUGAGGAUGCUGUACAACCUGCAGUACACCCAGGCUCUGGCUGCUCUCUCAGCCAAGUUCAGCCCUGAGGAGAGGCGGGCCUGGAGCACGUCUGGAGCUCUCAACAAGGUAAUGGUGAUAUCACCCACCCUUCUCACUGUACUGCUGCCUUGUACUCUACCAAGUUACCUUAGGAAACGUCCCUUGAUUGAGAAGCCAGUGCACGCGGUGGCUCUGCACUUUCUAUUUGUUAUUCCCAGGACCUGUUUACAGCCGUGGAAAAUGAAUGUGUGAAUGCAAAUAAAUAUUUUUGUCUGGCCGAGUUAAUUUAAGCAGUUUGGACUGUAGAUAUGUCGAUCAUCAAUAUCAAGGAGAGUGAUUACCGGAGAGGGCUGGCAUUAAUUGGCUUUUCAUCUUCAGUCUAUUAAAUCUGUAUAAGCGAGUGGUUGGUUGGAAUGUAAAUGGACAAACCGCAAAAUGCCCACCCUUUAGGGUGUUUUCUAUUUAUUGUGGCGCGGCUGAAUAUCUUCCCCCACUCCGUCACGAACAAUGCAGCACUUACUCGCUCACGAGCUGUCAUUUAAGACUGCUCGGAAAUCCUCAUUGUUAACACAGGCCAUAUUGGGAGGGAUGCCAUGUAUUUAAAUUGCAGUUGAUAAAAAGAUGCCAAAGUCUCAACCGAGAUCCCGAGGCCAGAGGAAGGAAAUCCAAAGACUCCAAAUUCCUCCAGCUAUAAAUCUAGGACGGAGAACGCCAGGCUAGAUAAGACUUGCUGCUAUUUUAUAUUCUCCCAUCGUCAACUUGAUAAAUGCUAGCAGCUUUACGCCAUAUAAAAUAUUAGUCAAACCAGUUGAAUUUUAUCAGAAAACACAUUCAGUAAUGUCUUGGCGCUUAUCAACGGUCAAAUAUUUUAUUGCCUGAAAAUGUAUCCUCUACUUAUUCUGCAUACGUUAUUAUAUUAUACAGUGCUGCACAUUUAGAGGGAGGGGGAAAGAUGGACACUGCAGCACAUCUCAAAUACUUCAGUUGUUGACUGCUUGAAUAUCAUAUGAAGCUUUUCCAGGGAACAAGCUGAAUUGUUUCAAAGUGGUGUUAUUCUAUAGUACUGUGUACUCUGUCACCUCUCCACUACUUUUUGACUUUUCUCCCACAGAAUGCUUUCAAUGCCGAGAAGUCCUUUGACGCUCUUCUCAGCCAUGUCAUCAGUGAGCUGUCCAAGGUGAAGACUGUGUAUGAUGUGAACGCUGAAGAGACGUCUAUGGUAAGCCAUAUAGAGUUUGUGGAAAAAAUAUAAUAUACCGUUUCAUGUUUCAAAACAAAGCUGCCAAACUCUGUGCUUGGCUAGCCCCAUUUCUCUUGGUAAUACCCCCCUGGUUUUCUCCUCUUUUCUCUUACAUGAUGAAUUGGCCAUUACCCAGAACAACAAUGCUUUGAUAUCUGUACUCUCUGAAGGAGAUGUAUAUCACCCCAUUAUCAGCCAGCUGUUGAGAGGUUAUUGAUGAGGCAUUACUCCUGUGCUUCCUUCCCCAGCAGAGCUCCUGUGUGUGGUCCCCACAGUCCAUAGAGUACAGCCUCCAGCGGUUCUGCCUGCCCUACCUCCGCCUCUCCUGUCUCCUGCAGCACCACCUCUAUGGGGACAACCUGUCAGGCUGCCCGGUACGGUUACUGUUACUGUUCCACACCUCUUUGUCUGCCUGCCUGCACCCUAGCUGCGCCAACCCCAUGGCUUUAACUCAUCAUAUGUUCUAUUUCAGGAUGAAGAGGAGUUCUCAGGCCUCGCCGGCUGUCUAGGGCUCCUGGCCCCGACCCCUCAACCAUCCAACCCCAUCUACAGUGCCUCAUGUCUUGACUGGACGGUCAACGCUUUCGACCUGAUGACUCAAUGGUGCUCUGAGGUCACGGGGCUCUCUGACACUCAGGCAGAGAAAGCAAUAGUAGGUUUGAGGCUGAGCACUUAACCACCAAUCGGUGUGCUCCAUUAUAACGUCUCCAAAGCACCAAUGGUGGUGUCAUUGUUUUUCACUAUAGUGUUUUUAAAAAGAAAAUAGUAUUGACACCAUGUGUUAGCCAUGGCAUUUCAGGCCCUUUAUUUUAGCCAGUGCUGCAUAUAGCCCCUCUAUAUUCAGUGCUGAAUAUAGCCCCUGCGAGAGUAAUGUUUUUCACACCCUGCCUUUGUCAUUCAGCAUUGACCUUUGCUGCCUUACAUCACAAGAUGAAACCCCACAUCGCUUCACACUGCCAUUCUGGAUUGUUUCCACAUACCUUUCAACUGUGGACAUUAUUAUUUGUCACACCCUGGAGCUGAAGGGCAUACAGAAAAUGUGGCAUAUAGGAACUCUUGACAAGUUAUUCAGUGGAAGGCUUAAAACUUACUUAUUUCCUAAAUCCCUAUUGAAACAAGUGGAGAGACAAAAUGCCCCAACUGAAAUUAAUGUACAGUAACCUAAGUGUUUCUUGGGGUGAUGCUUAAAGGAGCAGGAUAAAAUUGCUAUGUCAUAUUUUCUUCAAUGUCUAAAGGCUGCUGAGGCGACCUGAUGAGUCUGCUGAUUUAAAAUACUAUUGACAGGUUAGAGAGAGCAGAAGAGCACAUGGUUAAAUGAAAGGGACUUCAGAGUCAGCUCUUGAGGGAUUGGAUUGGCUUUCUUCUUGAGUGAUGGGCAGCUGAAGUGUAGGCCUACCAUGGACAAGGCACAAUAGUGAGCGAACGAGAGCCCCAGCUCCUAUGGCAUCCAAGCUAUUACAAUGGAUUGCCUAGGUCACAAUGUUGGCAUUCAUAAUUUGAAUGUUGUGACUGACAUGGUUUAUUUUUUUCUCCAUCCAGACCUUGCUUGUCCAGGAUCCACAGUGGGCGUCCCCCCACCUCCUCCACUUACCUGACAACUACAACAUAAUCUUCCAGUACUACCACAAGAAGGCCUGCACUGCCUGCAAAAAGGUGCCAAAGGACCCAGCGCUCUGCCUUGUCUGUGGUGCCUUCGUCUGCCUCAAAGGGCUGUGCUGCAAGCAGCAGGGGAUCUGUGAAUGUGUUUUGGUGAGUGGCCCUGCUUUUUCGAAGGCCAUAUUACAGACUAUAUCUGAAGAAACAGCAUGAUUUUAAACAGUCUUUAAAAAUCUGUCUUACUCAUUGGGUGGCCGAAGUGCAUAAUUUUUAGGUCAUUGAUGAAUAUUAUUGCUUGCUUGGGUGGUGCUGCUGUGUGCAGAUGACUGUGAUUCGGUGAAGAUGUUGUUUGUGUCUGUCUUUAGCACUCUCAACACUGUGGCGCAGCAACGGGCAUCUUCCUAUUAAUCAACGCCUCUGUCAUCAUAAUCAUCCGAGGGCAUCGCUUUUGCCUGUGGGGCUCUGUUUACCUGGAUGCCCAUGGAGAGGAGGACCGCGAUCUACGGUACGAAUACACUCCGUAGACAUUUUUACAUUUUAGUCAUUUAGCAGACGCUCUUAUCCAGAGCGACUUACAGUUAGUGAGUGCAUACAUUUUCAUACUGGCCCCCUGUGGGAAACAAACCCACAACCCUGGCGUUGCAAGCGCCAUGCUCUACCAACUGAGCUACAGGGGACCAUUGCGUAACACUUCAGUUUCAUGUCUCACACAAUCUUCUUGUCAGAUUCUCACUAGAAUGGUUGAUGUGGUGGGGACUAUGCUGAAAAUUGUAAGAAAAUAAAGACUUCAUUUUAAAUCACUUUUUUUUUUUUUGCAGUCGUGGCAAGCCCCUGUUUCUAUGUGUGGAGAGGUAUAGAGUGCUGGAGCAACAGUGGGUUUGGCACACCUUCGAUCACAUCAACAAGCGCUGGGGACCUCACUACAACGGGCUAUAA